AUGCAGUCUCUUGCAGUGGAGAUAAUGGAUUUUCUGGGGCUUCUUUUGGGGACUGUUGCUACAUUAGUGAGUUUAUCUGCAGCCCUCAUCCUGAUAUGGGCAGCCUACUAUCAUUGGUCCAAUACAGAAGUCCCUCGUGGCAUUUGUCGGCCUCUCACACUGAGAUUAUUGCAUGUCCUUAUGCUCGUCGUCUUUGAAGCUGACGAGAUUCUAUGGAAAGUAGGUCUCUCCAAUCAGUUUGUAUUUGCGAGAUUAAUCAUUGAUCUCUAUGGAUGUUUGCUGUUCAGUGAUCCAAAGCUCACCAUCAAGAAUGUGACCGUUGAGGGUGUACCGGUGAGAGUAUACCAGCCCAAAACACCACAGAGUUUACGAAGGGGAAUCAUCCACAUACACGGAGGUGCCGGCGUAACAGGAAGUAUUGAUUCCUACGAAACCAUUUCCAGAUAUUUUGCCAAUGAAACAGAUUCGGUGGUUUUUGCUGUUGAGUACAGUCUUGGGCCAGAGCAUCUCUACCCAUUGCCGUUUCAACAGUGUCUCGACAUCACCGUACACGUACUGGAACGUGCCGAAGACUAUGGGAUGGAUCCUGCCCGUAUAAUAGUUUGUGGGGACAGCUUUGGGGCCUUACUCACUGCGGCCACUUGCCAGGCGUUGGGACAAAGAAGAGACCUACCAAAGCUACGUGCCCAGAUACUGCUCUGUCCCGCCUUGCAAAUGGUGACGUUUAACUUGCCUUCGUACAAGCAAAAUAGUAAUGUUCCCAUCUUGUUGCAAAAGCAGGCUAUAAAAUUCAUGCUACAGUAUUUUAAGAGAAAUGUCUUAUUAACAGACCUGAUGCUGGAAGGGACCCACGUCCCCAAAGGCAUGAAAAUGAAGUAUAAAAAAUGGCUCAGCGCAGAGCAUAUUCCCGAAGAGUUCCAAAGGAGAGAAGCUAAAGUGACUACUUCAACACAUCCUUUGGGUGAUAUUCACAAAAUUAUCAAAACGAUCGCUGGCCCCAAACUAUCCCCACUUUUAGCCGAUGACGAAAUCAUUCAGCAGUUGCCCGAGAUGUUCAUUUUAACCUGCCAGUACGACGUCCUGAGAGAUGAUGGCAUUUUAUACAAGAAACGACUGGAAGAGAACGGUGUUCCUGUGACCUGGUGCCAUCUUGUGGACGGGUUCCAUUCAGUUACUUACUUCAUUAACAGUUGGCUUUUCCAUUUUCCCUGCUCCAAACGGGGAAUGGACCAUGUUGUCAAUUUUAUCAGAAGUUUAUAA